GGCUUGGCGUGUGGCUUAGUCAUGUAUGUCACGUGCAAAUGGCCGACUUCAGCUGUUCGAUAGCUCCCCACCUCGGUUUUGGUUGAUCCCCAGCUUGAUCAGCUAUGAUGAGGUAUUCAUUCGAGGUCUUCCUGAAAACUUGUAGUGUCAUUCAUCAUGGACAGUUCUCAACAAGCAUCGUUGCUCCUCCAGCUCCCAAAAGAAUUGCGAUUGAUGAUCUACGACUACGCCUUGCCAUCGGGACGCCUUGCACGUAUCGAAGUCGGCAAUCGUAACUACAACGAGAAAGACCUCACAGAAUGGCCACAACAACCGGGCAUCUGUCGCACUUGCCAGCUCCUUCGAUCCGAGACGCUGGAAAUGUACUAUUCCCGCUGCUCGAUUCUCCUCAACGUACAGCAACCUGAUGGCUUGGCCAUGGCGCUGAGUUGGCUGGAAUGCGUGAGCGCCGAAGCUCUGAACAAGAUCUGUUCCGCAUAUGUCACUGCAGGUUCGGGGUCCGUCGAGCCGUCGAAGUCUUACCGGAUCGAUCUCCAUCACCCGGCUCUCAUCAGUGCGACGCGGCCCCAUGCUGCAGCGUAUCUGUACAGGCUGGAGAAGCAUCGACUAAGAAUGAGUGAUUGGAGUCCACUUGCUACGGACGAAGUGAAAGCGCGUCUCGUGGAAAUGCCUGGAAGCGGAUCCCCCGACUUCAGCGUUGCUGCCACCUUGCGUGUUGUGAUUGAAGUCGUGAAAGACUUUCGUCAGAAUACAUGACGCCUGGCACAACGGUCCCCGGCGACUGAGAAUUAGAGUAUGUGUGAAAGAUAUAUGU